AUGUACGAUAGAAACGAAUCGAAGUACAAGAGACGAAAUACCGGCCCUACUACUAUUCCCGAAAACCAUAUAAACACUGCAAUUAGAAAAAAAUAUUCGCGAAGCGUAUCAACAGAGAGAAAGAAAGAAAUAGUAGAUACGAACAGUAACAUACCGAAAAACCCGAUUAGGAAACGAAGCAUUACCAGAAAGGAAAACAAAGAAGUACCCGAUGAAUCCAAUCAAAAUCAUAAUAAAAACAAAAAUGGUGGUAAACAAAAUAACGUUUCGAAAGAACUUCAGCAACACUCCCGCCUGACAAAAAAUAUUCCAAUAACUGGAGUUGCAACUAGAAAGUUUUCAGAAGAAAAGAAAAUCUCUAAGAAAGAUGAAACAGCUGCAGUUACAAAAUCAAUUAUGGAAACAGGACAUGAUAUGAAUGAAUCAAUUCAAGGAAGGAAUGAAAGCUCCCAUGCUGAAACAAAAAUUACUCGACAGUCCACUCAUUCAACACAUGGAAACGUAGACCAUCAGCCUGUGGAAACCAUAACAAGCGGAGAAUCAAUCGGUCAAACAGAUAUUCUGCAUAAUAGCGCGGAAAAAAUUACAGAUAAAGUCAGUACUAAUGAAAACAACAUCGAAGAAACAACUGAAAGUGAUGAAAAUGUUGAGAGGAAGUUCGAUAAUUUACCAGAAAUAGAAGAGAAAAACACAACUGAAAUCAUCGAAGGUGAUUCGAAAACCAAUGACUCAUCUGAAAAAUGUAAAUCUCCUUCAGGCACGUUGGACGACCUAACGAUGGAAAGUGAAAAUGGAGAAAAAGGUUUUGAUGAACAUAGUUGUCCUAUAUCUGAGAAAAUCAAUGAAACUGUGAAAGAUUCAAUGGGUAAUUUAGAAACAGUUGAAGAAGUAAACCACACUCUUGCUGAAUUCAAUGAAGAUAUUGCACAUGAAAGCAAAAAACCAUUAGAAGAUGAUGUUACAGUUGUACGCGAAAAAAGAAAUACAAGUGAUCUUGUGAAUGAUAAAGAAGUAGAUACAGGACUUUCUGAUAGGGAAUUAGAUAAAGAUGGUUUUAACAGAGAUAUGGCACUUCAAGAAAAUACAACCGAGAAACUACUGAAUUUCGAUGAAAGCAAAAUUGAGAACUCUAAUAAAAAAAUUGAACAAGGAGAUGAUUCCGACAAAAUAAUUGAUGAAGAAAGUCAAAUUGAAAAUAUUGUUGAUGAAGGUUCUUCAUUCCAUGAGAUUGCGAGUCCAGUUUCAGAUAAGAAGAUUGAUGAGAAAAAAACAAAUGAUGGAUUGAUUGAUUCAGAAGUGAUAGAAAAUGAAUUAGAUCAUUCGAUGGAAAUUGUAAGUGAUCGAGAAAAAUCAGCUAUCGUUGAAAAAUCAGACGUUUCUGAGAAACUAGAUGAAAGUGAAGUUUCCACCAAAGGAAAUAUCGAUUCUGUCUGUGGAAAUGAAGUUAUUGGAGGAAUUGGGACUGAUGAAGUGGACGCAGAGAAAAAAGGAAAAAUGGAUGGUGAUAUUUCUAUCGAUGGAGAAACAAGUGCGACAAACAAAUCAAAAGAAGAUGUUACUGAUGUUCUUGAAAGAAGCCAAAAAGAUGAGGAUGAUAGCCAUAAUGAUAGCUCAAGAAUCAUUACGAGUGAGAACCCUAUAGGCGAUAGUAAAAAAGAAGAGAAAGCACAGAGUGAUCAAUUUUCACAAUUUGAGAAAAAUAAAACUGAUGAAUCUCCAGAGGAAACAAUCGAAAAGAGAGAAGUGACAGGUAAUGCAACGGAUAUUGGAGAAAGAAAUACACAGUUUGAGGUUUCAAAUGAUCCUCUUCUGGAAACUGCGUCUCCAGAAUGUGAAAUAAAUGAGAAAGAUAAACAUGGAAAGAAACAUAACAUUUCAGAUACGAGCACCGGUCAAAAACAGUUGAGCAGUAUGAGCAGUGAUAAAAAUAAAAGUAUUUCUGAAGACGAUUUUACAGAGAAAAAAGAGAUAGUUGAAAACGAUACGAGUAAUGGAUCUGAAACUAUUUUGGAUCCUCAGAAAAUACCAGUCAAAAACGAUGAUGGAAAAAUCGAAAAGUCAAACGGCAAUUCAAAUGAUCAGGAAUUAUCUGAUAUGGAGAGUGAAGCUGAUUCUGUAGAGAAAAAGUUGAAUGUAGACGAAAAUACUCAUACAAACGACCACAUUGAGGAAGGAGAAAAUGAAAAAAAUGAAUCAGUUAUGGCAAAUGAUAUACAAACUCUUUCAGAAACAAAACAAAAAACUUCAAAUGAUACUGGAAACAGCGAGAGUGAAGAACCAAUCAUGAAAUCGGUUGAAUCAAAUCUGGUAUCUUCGGAAUGCGAGGUGAGAAAAAUUGUCAACCAAGAGGAAACUGACCAGGUUGUAACUGAAAUUGAUGAGAAGAAAUCUCAGCAAAAUGAUGAGAGUUCUAGUGGAGAGAUUCUGAGUCAAAAAGAAAAUGAUGUGGGUAAACUUGUCAACCAAAGAGGAACUGGUCAGGAUGAAACACAAAGUGAUCAUGAGACUUCUUUACAAGAUGACAAUGGUUCUAGUGAAGAUGAGGUCAGAAACAAUGUCAACCAAAGAGAAACUGAUCAGGUUGAAACACAAAGCGAUCAUGUGAAUUCUCAACAAAAUGACAAUAUGUCUAGGGGAGAGAGUUUGAUCCAGAUAGGAAAUGAGGAAAAAGUAUCUACGGAAACACAAGAACUGCCUAUUCAUUCACCAAAUGACUCUGAUACAAAAAAUAUUGUCAAUCCAAACAAAUUAUGUGGCUCCAAGGAAAUGAAAAUAAAUGAUGAGGAAACAAAAAACCAGAAUGGAACUGAGAUAAUUGAUAAACUGAAUGACACUAUCGCAGUUGACAAUGAAAUCAAAGUAUCUGAAUGUGAAUCUGAGUCUUCCAAGGAAUGCGAUGAUUCCAAAGAAAAUAGUAAACAAUCUUCUGGUGGAACAAAAAUGGACGAUUCAGAAACUGACCAUAAUCACAUAAAUAUCACAGUAACAAAAAAGGAACUCGUGGAAAAUGAAAAAAGUAAAUGUGGGGAAGAAGAGUUGAUGGGGAAAAGUGGAGAUAAUGUUGGAAAUGAAGAUACUCAUGUCAAUGCACAAGAAAACGUUACCCAAGAUUUUGAGGCUUAUCCUAAGAAUGAGUUUGAACAUGAUGAUAAUGAGAGAAGUGAUACAGAAGCGAAACUAGAACAGGAUGAAAAUGGGGAGAAUAAGAAAACAUCUGAGAAUGUUUUCAAUAAUGAAAAUAUUUCCAGUGAUGAUGAAACUGCUUUGACAGAUCUUACAAAGAAAAAUAAUGCGAAGAAUGAAGCAGACGUUGGAAUAAUAGACAAGGUGGCCAAAAACUAUAUUAACUACGUUAUUGAUAAGGAGAAAUUGAAAUACGAUAAUGAUCAUAUGGACAUAGAUUAUACAAAUACUUCACAAAAAAUAGUGAAUGGUAUGGAAAAUGAUCAACCAACAGAUUCGGAGUUAGAAAAAAACAAUGAAUCUCAUUCAUCACCAGAUGUUCAGAAGAAUGGAAGUGAGAACCAAAGUAGCUUCGAUCGAUCCAAACUACGCGAAGAAUUGGAUUUAUCUUCUGCAGAAGAAUCUGUUAUUGAAAAGGAAACCGAUAGUACUGAACGAAAUGAGUUGGAAAAGAACAUUAUCUCAACUCUAUCAAUAGCUGAAACUGGAAUGAUUUCUGCACCAGCGAAAAAAUUUAUCAAUGAUUUCAUCAGUAAUGAGAGAAGUAAACAAUUUGGUGCGAAUGAAGAAAACUACAAUGUCGGGGAGAAUGAGAGAGUACGAGGUAACAUAACUGAAAUCAAAAGCAACGAUACCAAAUCUGAAGCUGAUAACGACGUCAAACCCAAUGGAUUAGAAUCAAACAAGUUUGACAGAUCUAAAGUGCGAGAAAAGCUACAAAAAGAGGAACAAGAUUCAAAACGAACCAGCUACAAACACUUACUUCAACAAGAAUUAGAUCACACCUUUCUUUUAAAAAAGUCUACAAACAAUAAUGGCUAUUCUAGUUCAUUAGCUAAAGCUGCAGCUGUUGUCAGAAUCCAAUCGAUGUGGAGAGGUUUCAUUGUCAGGAAAAGUUUUCCUCAUCUAUUAAAUGGUAAGGAAUCAUUGGUACAUCGAGAUGAAAAUUCAAAUGUUAGUGCAGAUGAAAAACAGGAAUUGGUUGAAUCUGAACCAGAUACUAGCUCUGACAAAAAAAAUAAUGAUGACGCUCCUGAAGUAUUGUCAUCAGAGAGUGUGCGAACCAAGAGAAACAUUGAUGAUGAUGAUGAUGUUUUUAAAGCCACAAGAGCCGCGAUAAGAAUACAAAAGUUAUGGCGUGGUUUCAUUACAAGAAAAAAGAUGACGAGUACAAGAAGUGGAAUCGGUGAAGAUGAAACGACUGUUGAUGAAAUCAAAGAAGGACUGAUACCAAGUCUAAAGCCAUUGGUAAAAAAUGAAGAAGAUGAAAUGAUUGAUGGUUCUGAAGCAAAACAUACUCAGAAUCUCGUUCCUCCAUUGAAUAGUGACAAUGGUCGAAAUGAAGAGGAUAUAAAGGUUGUAUCCGUGAAUGGUUUGGAAAAGCAUGAAGGGGUGAAGACGAAAGAGCACAUAGUUGAUGCUUCAAACACUGACAAUACAUUAACUCAUCCAGGUCAAAGAAACGAAAAAGCAAUUGAUGAAAACAAAAAGAGAGAAUGUGUGACCAAAAUUCAAUCUUCAUGGAGAGGGUUUUUGGCAAGAAAAUUCGUAGAUCAACUGAAGAUGAAGAUGAAGAAUAAAAUAGACGACGAGAAAAAAGAGGAUUGCAAUAUUGGAGAAGACAUACAAAGACCGGAUAGUAUCGACUCCAACGAUUCGACAGGUACGAUUAUUGUCAAUGAUUCCAAUAAAAACACUGAAAAAGACACCUCGCAUGGAAGUCACCUGCAUGUGUUUUCCAAUAAUAACGACGAUCUUGAUGACGACAAUACAGCAUUAGACGAAAUAUUGGAAUAUCCUUUAAUAAAGGAUGAAAAUUUGAUAGAUGAUUACCAGAAUAAAUUAUUAGAUAGAAUAUCCGGAAAAAGAAGCGACUCCAGUGAUGACUUCGAAAGAAUAGGAGCUUUAUCACCGAAGCGCAUAGAAGAAAUUAAAGCAGAAGAUAUGAAAGACAUUGAUACGUUACAUACAUCUUUACUGCAGAGGAAAGCGGUUGGCCAAGAAAAAAAUUACUCGAAAGUCGAAGAGAAUUAUUCCAAAAGCAAACUAGAGAGCGUGGUCGAAGAAAGUUGCUCUGGAAUAGCAUCAGAUGAAAAACCAACCCUUUCAGUAAACAAUCAUCAUAAUUUAGCUUUGCAGAACAACAAUGUCGAUACUGAAACUGUGAAAAAUGAACCACAAACGUUCUGUUCAAUGCCUUCUGCUCCUUCUUAUGAAAGCAAAAUCAUAGACGGAAAACCCCUAUCCGACUACGUAGAAAGUAACUUAAAGAACGAAAACCAUGAGUCUGAGGUGAUCGAGAAUAUUCAAAAUGUAGGAAACAGUAGCAAGAAACACUCAAUGCAAUCCUCAGAUCUCGAUAAUGUGAAACUAUUACAUUCGGGAGAAUUGCACGAUACAAUAGUUAUUCCUUUAUCUAAACAAGUUGCUGAAUCUCUCCAAAAUGUCACUGAAAAAGAAAGGGUGGUAAAUAUUCAAGGAAACGAGUCUUCACAGUCUAUCGAUAGCACCGAAGAACUAUCGUCAAUUCUUUCUAACGUAGGUCUGCUGCAUACUGGAGAACUACACGAUGGAAUUGUGGUGCCAAUAAGUUUGUCCAGCUUAGGAAAGACAAUUUCAUCAGAGACUGAGUGUAAUGGAACUGACACUGUAGAUUCUUAUGUACAUUCUGUUGGGAGUUCAGAAUCACAAACUGACCACAAGCCGGCGAAUGAUACUGGCGGUGCCUCGUCUGUAUCGGUUCAAGUUUUACGUGCUCCAGAACCUGAAGUCGUGACGUCGACGUCCUCAGUCAGCGACGUCACCGACGCUCCCGAAGCAAGCAGCGCGCAGGCGUCGCACAAAGAAAGCUUACGGAUCCACGAUGAGUUCAGUCCGCUCGUUGCGCAGAGUAUGGAAAGUGAGGGAGCCGGAAAAACGCAAGAGGAAAACAUGGAAGCGCAAGCCGCCACCAAAAUUCAGGCCGGGUUCAGAGGCUACCAGGUCAGGAAGCAGCUUAAAUUGAAGGUAUGUG